AAGAUUUUAGGAUAAGGAUCAGCUUCCUUCUUUUUCUUUUUCUUUCUUUCUUUUCUUCCUCCUUAGACCCGAUUCUGCUCUUCUUCCCGCUGCAGCCCGAGAGGAAAAAAAAAAGGGGAACCCAGCCAUGCUUGAGAAACUAGUGAGAUAAGCUUGGUUUUCUCCUUCCUUUCUUGCUCUAGAACACACCUAGAACCCAGAAAUCUUCCCCCCUUGCUGGAAAAGCCGGAUCUGCCCUGCUCUGCUUUGUCCUUCCGCCGGCUGCUCUUGAUUGUGGGUGAUUUCUGGGCAUUUUUUCGUUUCCGUGAGCUUCCCCUGCACUUCCCGCCGGCCUUCCCCAAUCUGCAGCUCCGGUUUUAGCUGGAGAAUUAUAGUUCUCGAUCGUUCUGUCAGUUAGUGCGUGAAUUGAGUGCUCGGUUUUAUGCAAGUGAGGUAAGUAAUUUAUGGUAAUGCCCGUACUGUUUUAAAAGCAUGUUUUGAUUUGUUUUUUGAAGUGGUGGCGGGACUAAACCCAUUUUACAUGAGCAUGACUGAUUUGAAAAGAGUUGCAUCAAGUUUGAAAGAUGACAAUAUGGCAACAUAUGUUAUUGAAUUGUAAAGACUGGGAAAACUAAUUAGCAUGAUAGCAAAUAUUUCAGAGAAUAUAAAAGAGCUUGUUAUUCCCUCCUUUCAUGUAGCCACAAGCUGAGCUACUAGAAAGCUGACUCAUCCCACUCAUGGAUGAAUGAAGCAGAGACAAGCUUGACUGUCCAUAUGGCCAAAGUGCCCCCAAGGGCUGUAGACACUUACAAGGAAUUCAACAUGCAUUACAAUGAUGGUCAUUCAUUACAAAGCAGAAGCCUAGUACAUCACACUAAGUACAUCAACAUGGUAGCAUUCAAGUCCCUAGUAAAAUCUGACUCCUAAAUCUUUCAAAGUAUGAUUGUUCAAUGAGUAGUUGUAUUCCUUUCCUUGGAGAAUCCCUUGAUUGCUAGAGCCAUAUAAAGUGCGAUGUGCUUGAGCUUUUGAUCUUCAAGGCUGCUAUUGGUUCUUGUCCUUUUAAGUUUGCCCCCCAGAUUUGGCAAUUGUGAAUGAUGGGAAAGAAAUGCUUGUAAUUGGAGAUCUCUUCAAUCCUCUAUUGGUCAAAACUCUCUCCAUGGAUGAAUAUUUCAAAAGUGUCUUGACUGACAAAGAUUCGCGCUUGACCAUGUAUGAAUCCAUAUGUCAAUUGUUGAAGGUAGAGAAUCAAACAAGAUUAUGGGAAUGCAAGACAAGAAAUAAACAUGGAUGCUAAACAACAGAUGAAGGAUGAAAGAACAUGAAUAUGCUCUAAAGUGAUAAUGUGUGUGGAGUUGUAUCCUAAAGCAUGCAUUUUUGGGAAUGCACGAAAAGAAAUAACCAUGGAUGGGAAAUGAAUGAUAAAGGAUGCAAAAAAUAUAAAUAUGCUGACAAGUGGUAAGGUGUGUGAAAUUGUAUCCUAAAACAUGAAUUUUCUUCAUUAAGUAUGCCAAGAAAAUUUCAAAGGAGAAGUUGAUGAUUCACAAUUGCAACCAUUAAGUUAGCAUUCAUACGAAAUAUCAUUCCUUUGAAAAGAAAGCAAAUGCCAUGAAGCUUAAAGAAAAAGUGAAUGGUGUGAUGCUUGGAGAAAAUGAAUGAUGUGAUGCUCCAAAAUCAUGUGCUCAAAUUAUUUUGAUGUCUAAAAGAUGGACUUUUCAUGAAUUGAUCUUGGAAGAACCUCUUUUUUUUUUUCUUUUUUUUUUUUUCAAAAAUGUGAAAUGCUUUGGAUUUAAUUGAAUAAGGCCCACAAGUUUGA